UUGGUCAAGCCAAGGACCAACAGGCCAAACCAAAGGUCAGCUGGGCACCCAAGGGGGCAACAGGUCAAGCCAAAGGUCAACAGGUCAACUCAAGGGUCAACUGGGCACCCGAGGGGGCAACUGGUCAAGCCAAGGGUCAAGUGGGCACCCAGGGGUCAACUGGUCAAUCCAUGGGGCAUCUGGUCAACCCAUGAGUCAAGAGGUCAAUCCAGGGAUCAACCGGGCACCCGAGGGGGCAAGUGGGCACCAAAGGGUCAACUGGUCAACCUAAGGGUCAACAGGUCAACUCAAGGGUCAACUGAGCACCCAAGGGGGUAACUAGUCAAGCCAAGAGUCAACUGGGUACCCAAGGGUCAACUGGUCAACCCAUGGGGCAUCUGGUCAACCCAAGAGUCAAGAGGUUAAUCCAGGGGUCAACAGGGCACCCGAGGGGGCAAGUGGGCACCAAAGGGUCAACUGGUCAACCCAAGAACCAACAGGUCAAUCCAGGGAUCAACUGGGCACCCAAGAGGGCAACAGGUCAAGCCAAGGGUCAGCUGGUCAACCUAAGGGUCAACAGGUCAACUCAAGGGUCAACUGGGCACCCGAGGGGGCAACUGGUCAAGCCAAGGGUCAAGUGGGCACCCAAGGGUCAACUGGUCAACCCAUGGGGCAUCUGGUCAACCCAUGAGUCGAGGUCAAUCCAGGGAUCAACUGGGCACCCAAGGGGGCAAGUGGGCACCAAAGGGAUCAACUGGUUAAGCCAAGGGUCAGCUGGGCACCCAAGAGUUAACUGGUCAACCCAAGGGGUCAACUGGGCACCCAAGGGUCAACUGGUCAACCCAUGAGUCAAGAAGUCAAUCCAGGGGUCAGCUGGGCACCCGAGGGGGCAAGUAGGCACCAAAAAGUCAGCUGGUCAAGCCAAGGGUCAAGUGGUCAAGCUAAGGGUCAAGUGGUCAAGCCAAGGGUCAGUAGGACAGUUACUGGGCAAUGGGUCAAUUCAAGGGGGCAAUUGGUCAACCCAAGGGUCAACUGGGCACCCAAGGGGGCAACUGGGCACCCAAGGGUCAACUGGGCACCCAAGGGGGCAAGUGGGCACCAAGGGGUCAACAGGUCAACCCAAGAACCCCCAGGUCAAUGCAGGGAUCAACCAAGCAACCAAGGGGGCAAGUGGGCACCAAAGGGAUCAACUGGUCAACCCAAAGGGUCAACCGGGCACCCAAGGGGGCAGCUGGUGACGGGGGCGUCCCCGCAGGGCGAUGGGGCCGGGCCGGGUGCAGAUCUCGUUCCCGCGGCACGCGGCCGCGCUGCUGGACUCGCUCAACCGCCUGCGCCUGGAAGGGAAGUUCUGCGACGUCUCCGUCCACGUGGGCGGCCGCGUCUUCCCCGCCCACAAGAGCGUCCUGGCGGCCGCCUCGCCCUUCUUCCACGACAAGCUGCUGCUGCAGGACGGGGGGCGGCUGGCGCUGCCCCCCGCCAUCGACGCCGGCGCCUUCGAGGGGCUCCUGCAGCUCAUCUACUGCGGCCGCCUGACGGUGGCCGCGGAGGCGCUGCCGGGGCACCUGCUGGUGGCCAGUGGGCUCCAGAUGUGGCACGUGGUGGAUCGCUGCUCCCAGAUCCUGCGCCAGGUGGAGGGCGGGGGGUCUUCGCUGCCGUGGAGCGGCCGCGGCGGAGAGGGGACCGUCCGUGGGCGUGAAGGGUCUUCGUCGUCGCCGUCACGGACCGUCCACGGUCAUGAAGGGUCUUCGUCGACAUCGUUGCGCGUCAACCGUGGCCACAAAGGGUCUUCCUGGUCGUCGUCCGCCCCCGGUGGAGACGCCUCCGCCCACGCUCUUGAUGGGUCAAUCCGUCAUCUCGAGGGGCCUUCCAGUGUCACCCGUGGUGGGGACGGGGCUUCCUCGGUGUCCUCGUGGACCGUCCGCGGUCGGGACGUGUCGCCGCGCGUCGGCCGCGGCCGCGCUUCUCGUGUCAAGCGCGGCAGCGAAGGACCAUCCUCCUCCUCCUCCUCCUCCUCCUUGUGGCCCAUCCGUGGUGGGGACGGGAGCACCCACGGUGGUGUUGGGUCCGUCCAUGGUGGUGUUGGGACCGUCCAUGGUAGAGUUGGGUCCAUCCAUGGUGAUGAUGGGACCAUCCUUGACGGAAACGGGACCAUCCACGGUGGAGUUGGGAUCAUCUGUGGUGGCGACGGGAUCGUCCGGGAUGGAGUUGGGAUCAUCGACGAUGGAGAUGGGACUGUCCACGGUGGAGUUGGGAUUGUCCAUGAUGGAGAUGGGAUCAUCCACGGUGGAGAUGGGACUGCCCACGAUGGAGUUGUGAUCGUCCAUGAUGGAGUUGGGAUCAUCCAUGACAGAGUUGGGAUCAUCCACGACGGAGACGCCUCCACCCACGCCUCCGACGGCCCUUCCUCCUCCUCCUCCUCCUCAUGGGCCACCCCCUCCGCCAACCCGGCGGCCACGGAGGAUCUCCCCCAGCUCCGCGUGGAGGAGGACGAGGAGGACAAGGCGCCUUCUCCGCCGCCGGCCCCCGCCGGGGAGAUCCUUCAGAUCUGCGUCAAGGAGGACGAGGAGGACGAGGAAGACCCUCCCAACGUCUCGCCCGUCAAGCAAGAGCCGCCCGACGCCGCCGUUGACGCCGCCGUUGACGCCGCCGUUGGCCAACCCAACCGGUUGGGCGCCGCCCUCCUCCAGCAGCCCGGCGGCUGGAAGCCGGUGGACCUGCACGGCAACGAGCUGCCGGGGCGCGGCCGCGGCCUCCACGCCCCGGUGAAGCUGGGCCCGGCGCCGGCCGACGGGAAGCGCUUCGGCUGCGCCUGCGGGAAGCGCUUCGCCGUGCGGCCCAAGCGCGACCGGCACAUCCUGCUGACGCUGAGCCUGCGGCCCUUCGCCUGCGGCGCCUGCCACAAGCGCUUCAAGCUCAAGCACCACCUCACCGAGCACAUGAAGACCCACGACGGCGCCCGCGGCGCCUGCCAGGGCUGCGGGAGGAGGUUCCGCCUCCGCUCCGGCCUCGCCAAGCACCGCCCGCUCUGCCCGGCGGCCGCGCGGUGGCCG